AUGAAAGGAAUAAAUUCUGUCGCAAACUUCAAGCCAAAAUUAUAUCACACAGAACAAACCCUUCAUUUCAAGUACAAUAACCCUUGCUUAACGUUGCAAAGUUACGUGGAAGUUCCUAUUUUUAAAGAUGUGAAUUUGUUUUCUCCAGGCUUCAAGUCUCUGCUUGCUGCGGAGGACCUAUUUUCACCUAAAAGUGAGCACGAAAUAAGCUUGAUUUCCAAAACUAUUGACUUUGAAAAAUUUCCCAAUCCCAAUUUACCUGAAGUUGCUUUGAUAGGUCCCAGUAAUGCUGGAAAAUCAUCGUUAAUCAAAGCAAUAUUGCAAAAUGUUCCAGAUAUACGCGUCAAAACAUCGAAGAAACCUGGCCAUACGAAGUCAAUUAAUUUUUUCCAAGUCGGGUCUAAACUCCGUCUUGUCGACAUGCCCGGGUACGGCGAAAGGCAACCACGGUGGUUCGAAGAUAUAGUUUUUCCAUUUUUCCAAAGCAGUCGGAACUUGGUGAAGAUAUUUUUAAUUGUUGAUGGUAAAGUUGGACUUGAAGAAAGCAGUGAAGAUAUGUUGAAGUUGCUGGAGGAAUUUAAACGUCCUUAUU